AUGCAGGGCUAUGGCAGUUUUGCCUACUUCGGGAACAGCAUGUGCCGUGGAUGCUCACACGCAAGCUACUACCACUCAUGGAAAGGUAUGUGGGUACAUCAGGCAUUUGCUGUCAACCCAGUUACUGGCAAAGUACUCAUGUACAGAGAAGGAAAACUCAUCAAAUCAUGCAGCAAUGUCUUUCCAGCCGACGACAUGGACGACUUUUUCGUCGUUACAGCAGCGAAAGCGGCCAAUGGUGAUGUCUACGACGUCAAAAUCUUCAAGGAUGAGUUCAAAUCUCAGGAGGAGAUCAUUGCUGAGAUGCGCUAUGCGCCUCAUCCAGAUCGUGCAGUCGAGUUCUUGUCCUACGACAAGAAGGAGAUCCAGGACUUCGGGCAGAGGGGAAUGCCGCCCGGCCUCUAUCUCGUCUCCGUCACGGCCAUGGCAUGGGUGCACGUCAAAUCGAAGUUGUCGGGAGAGCAUCCAAUCUUCACCUGGAACGAGGAGUCGCGCGCGACUGAAUCCAAGAGUGAGAUUGGCGGCAGCCUACAACCAGGUCAAGGUCACGGCAUCUACCUCAACAUGGGGAUACGUCGUUGUGAGGGUGGCGAUUUGGAUGCCCCAGAAGGGUCGUGGGUUCAUGUGGCCUUUGCCUUCGAUGAUUUCAAGAAGACAGCAUACCUUUUCAAGGAUGGCAAGCUGGUCAAGACAUGCACCGACUACGACUGGUCUCUUUUCAGCCACCUUCACCUCAUGAGCUCCGCGGCGCGCGCGGGCGGUGACAUGUACGAUUUCAAGCUGUACAGAGCACCGAUCAUUGAGGAAGAGUAUAUCAGGGAGCUCAUGGGACCUCAGCAUCCCACGCCGAAAUGA